AUGUCCAGGUAUGGCCUCGAUGAAGGCGUCCAGCAGCUGACGCGAGCAGCGGAGCUGGGCCUUCCAGAGGCCUUGGUGAACCAGGGCUUUAGCUAUUUGAUUGGUCCCGGCAUCCAGGAAGAUCAGGAGGCCGAAGGCUUGAAGUUGCUCGAGCUCGCGGCCCAAUCGGGCGACCCGGUCCGGUCCUCGGUGAGGAUUCACAUGGUUUUCCCAUCUUCCAGGGCAGCGAAUUCUCUUCUAUCUUUUUCCUAA